GGAACAAAAGAUGUCCCACUGACCCGAAAUUCCUGUAGUUGCUGAAAAUUAUUUUACCAAAUCAGAAAUAUAAUUCCGAGCGUAUACUCAGUCCUUUUUGAAAAAAAAUCUACUUCGAACAGUAAAUUUCAACACCAAAACCCAAAUUGCUUGACUUGGACUUCUCAACUAAUCUAAGCUGCUUCUAUGAUUCUAAUUUCAUACCUGAACCUGACGAGCGAUUUCUACGAAGCCCAUUAUUAUUUUGUUAAAGUGAAAAAUAAAAUAUCCUCGCUUCCCAUAAAUUCACAUACAAACCCAUUCUUCUAUUCUUCCCUGGUUCAGUCAUUCACCCCGAGGAGCUGAGAGAAAGAUGAAGAGGAAAAUGAGAUUCACCAAAGAUUUUCUCUUCGCAACAUCAAUUAUUUUGUGUCUGCUAUCAACGCCCGUCUCCGGCUUCCCGUGGUUGUUUCCAAACGCCUCGUCUACAGUGCCCCCAUCGUUCCUUCCAAACGCCACCUCCUCGGUUUGGCAGUCGUUCCAGAAAUUCGCCGGAUGUCACAGCGGCGAACGAGUCGACGGCUUGGCUGGACUGAAAAAGUACUUCCAGCACUUCGGUUACAUACCAGACUCACCCUCCAACUUCACCGACGACUUCGAUGAUGCUUUCGAAUCAGCUCUCAAGAAAUACCAACAGAAUUUCAAUCUAAACGCUACUGGGGUCCUCGAUGAAAGUACUAUACAGCAGAUGGUUCGGCCCAGGUGUGGUGUUGCAGACAUAAUCAACGGAACAAGUACGAUGAAUUCCGGCAAAUCUGCCAAGUCCACCCAUAGCAUCCACACUGUUGCCCACUAUUCCUUUUUUCCUUACCGCCCCACUUGGCCCCCUUCCAAACGCGACCUAACGUACGCCUUCUUGCCUGCUAACCAGUUAUCAGAUACCGUUAAGGCUGUUUUCGCCCACUCAUUCGCUCGGUGGUCGGCUGUGACACCGCUAUCCUUCACGGAGUCCUCGGUUUACCUGACGGCGGAUAUCAAAAUCGCGUUCUUUAGAGGAGAUCACAACGACGGCGAACCAUUUGACGGGGUCCUAGGGACGUUGGCCCACGCGUUCUCGCCACCAGACGGGCGGUUCCAUUUGGACGGAGCAGAGAAUUGGGUUGUGGAUGAUGCGAGGAAGUCGUCCAUACCAUCUGCGGUUGACCUUGAGUCGGUUGCCGUUCACGAGAUAGGGCAUCUGCUCGGAUUAGGACACUCUUCCCAGGAAGAGGCAAUCAUGUUUCCGACGAUCUCGUCAGGGAUGAAGAAGGUUGAGCUUGCGAACGAUGAUAUUCAGGGGAUCCAAUUUUUGUACGGCUCCAACCCCAACACCGACGUUACUUCAUCAACGGCGACAACGAUACCAUCCAGUCGAGAAAGGGAGUCAACAAGUGGAGGGGGCCAUGGAUUGGGCAACUGCUGGGGUGCCAUGAUAAUGAUGGCUGUUCUUUCCCUGUUCUUCACGUUGUAAAUACUGAUUUUUUUAUUGUUUACUUACAGCGGAUAGACAUUUUUUUUUCUUUUACAUGUUGCGAGCAAAUUGGUUCUGGUCAUAACUCACGAAGAAAUUAAUCGACAAUGA